AUGACGGAGAUCACCCACAAGAAGCCCGCAUCGUUUGCUUCAAUCGCUGCGAAUGCUACCAGUGCAAGAGCCAAGAGGCAGGCUGGCUCGUGUGCAUCAUGCUGCAAGCCUGGACAUCCUGGACGUCCUGGUCUGCCCGGCAGAAAUGGAAAACCCGGAGUUCCUGGAGCCCCAGGACGGCCAGGUGCACCUGGACGACCACCGAUUGUAUGCGAGGAACUUGAUAUUCCUCCAUGCAAUCCAUGUCCACCAGGACCACCUGGACCAGCAGGACCAAAUGGACCUCCUGGUAGUCCCGGAAGGGCCGGAAGUCCUGGACGACCUGGUAAUCCAGGACCUCCCGGAGCACCCGGACCCAACGGACCUCCAGGACCACCGGGAACACCAGGAUCAGACGGAGAGAAGGGAGAACCUGGACGACCUGCUCAAAGUACAAAUGCCAUUCCAGGAGAUCCCGGACCACCAGGAGAGCCAGGAGCGCCUGGUUUACCAGGACCGGACGGACAACCCGGUCGCGACGGAUCAGCUGGACAAGCCGGACCCCCUGGACCUCCUGGAGCACCUGGACCCGCUGGACCCGCCGGAGCACCUGGAAACCCUGGACAGCCUGGACAACCUGGACCUCAAGGAGAGCGUGGUAUCUGUCCCAAAUAUUGUGCAUUGGAUGGAGGUGUUUUCUUCGAAGAUGGAACACGACGAUAA